AUGGCCGCCCGCGGUUCGUUUGUGCUGGACAUGGUCCGGCCGCUGGCUGCGCUGAUGCCGGCGGUGCGGCGCGCGGACAGAGCGGUUCCGUUCCACCGGCGCAUGCUCUACGCGGGGCUGUCCGUGUCCGUCUUCAUGGUGUGCAGCCACCUGCCGCUCUACGGCGUCCGCUACGCGGCCUCCGGCGCGGACCCCCUGUACUGGCUGCGCUCCAUCCUCGCCUCCAACCGCGGCACGCUCAUGGAGUUCGGCGUCGGCCCCGUCGUCACGGCCGGAACGGUGAUGCAGCUCCUCACCGCCUCCAAGCUGAUCCGCGUCGACAAAAGCGUCCGCCGGGACCGCGACCUCGUGGACGGCGCGCGGAAGGUGCUCGCCGUGACCAUCGCGCUCGGGGAGGCCGCCGCCUACGUCCUGCUCGGGAUGUACGGGCCCGUCGGCGCCCUCAACGGCGCGCUCAUCGUCCUCCAGCUCUUCUCCGCUAGCGUCCUCGUCGUCUUCCUCGACGAGCUCUUGGACAAGGGGUACGGCCUGCAGGGGUGCUCCGCCGUCUCCCUGCUCUCCGCCACUAACACCUGCGGGAAGGUGUUCUGGCAGGCGUUUAGCCCCGUGACCGUGAACACCGGACGGGGCCCGGAGUUCGAGGGCAUCGUCCUCGCCGUCAUCCACCAGGCCGUCGUCCGGGCCGGCAACACCCGCGCGCUCGUCGCCACCAUGCUCCGCCGCCACCUCCCGAACGUGACCAACCUGCUGGCCACCUGCCUCGUCCUGCUCACGGCGAUCUACCUCGAGGGCAUCCGGAUGCUGCUGCCGCUGCAGUCGAGGGAGAGGCGUGGGCGGAGGGUCACCUUCCCGAUCAAGCUUCUCUACACCUCGACCACGCCCAUCUUCCUCUACUCCGCCAUGGUGUCGGUCCUCUACAUGGUGUCGCAGCUGCUCCACUACAGCCGCUUCGGCGGUGGCGUGCUCGGCCGUCUGCUCGGUGUGUGGAAGGAGGCCAGCUACGCCGCCGUCCCGGUCGGCGGCCUCGCCUAUUACGUCACGCCGCCGUCCAGUGUGGCCGCCGACCCGCUCCACGCGCUCAUCUACACCGUGCUGCUGCUCGCAUCGUGCGCGCUGCUGUCUCAGUUUUGGGUGGUCACCUCGGGGUCGUCGGCGAGGGACGUCGCGAGGCAGCUCGCGGACCAGCGCCUGGCCAUGCCUGGAAGGCGUGAUGGUGCAACCUACGAGCAGCUCAAGUGUGGGGGAUAG